UAUGCACAACAAAUGUAAAAUAGUUAUAGAAGCGCAGAAACUGAAAUUCUACUAAAAUUCAGUUAGAUAAGACCUGGAACUGAGUAUGAACACGUGGAGAGGCAGCGCGAGGAUAGCCCUCCACCUGCCAUUCCUUGCCCAUUGUAUCCAAACAUGUCCUCGCUGGCAAUGUUGUCAGUCGGCCUCUUCAGCACACAACGGAUUACUGAACUUACCUCAUCGUCAACUUCUUCAACUACAUCAUCAACAACAUCGUCGACUACGUCAUCACACACAUCGUCCACCUCGUGCAUGAUCUCGCCCUCUAUGACGGAAAACACUUGGGUGGUGCUCGAGGUGGUGAGUGACAGCGGGCUCGUCACAUGUUGUUUGCGCGAGAGGACAAUUUUGUCACUAUCAUCGGGAGAUUUCCGUUUGAGAACUUCCGACGGGCUUCCUACGUUCAGUGGGGACAUGGCCAUUAUGGAGAAGGUUAGUCACACAAUCUGCACACUAACAGAUAUUCUCAUUCAGUAG